AUGGCGGUGGUGCUGCGUGCUGAGCUGAAGCUCAGAGACGGAGAGAAGCGAACCGUACAGACACAGACCAGGACUGGAAUCGAGACCGGGACUGGGGCCCUCCAGAACCCGGGCAUCCCAGCUCUGGUCUCAGCGCUCCGCGAGCUCUCCAAAUGCGUCUCAUGUUUACUCACAGAACUCGUGCAGCAGGAGCAAAGUCAAAGCGCAUGCGCAACAGAGCUGUGCAGAGGAGACGAGGAUGAAGAAGAUGAUGACGACGAUGAUGAUGAUGAUGAUGAUGAUGAUGACGAUGAACAUCCCUGUGAUUCUGAACCGCAGCCAAAACGAACUAAAACUAAACCACAGUGA